AUGCCAUCCUACUACAUCCUCAAACCCAUAGUUAUGCUGCUCCGUUUCCUGAGAAAACUCCUCCCAGCCAUCAAGUCCGCCCCGGACGAAAUCAGACAGAUUCCAUCUCGCGAACCCAACCGCACCAUCAAGCUACACAUCUACCAUCCCCCCGAUAAAACAGACCCCCAACCAACUCCCGUACUCAUCACCUUCUGCGGCAGCGGCUUCGUCAUGCCCGGCCACGGCCUCGAUGACGCCUACUGCCAACAAAUCAGCCGCGAAGCAUCCCACACCGUCAUCGACGUGCAGUACCGUCUGGCCCCAGAACACCCAUGUCCCGCCGCAUUGCACGACGCAGCCGACGUACUGGCGUGGGUGCAAUCCCACCCAGAACUGUACGACCCCUCACGUAUCAGUAUCGGCGGGUUCAGCGCGGGGGCUACCAUCGCCAUAUCAACCGCGGCACAUACCCCAUCGGGAGUCUUGCAUGCGUUGAUCGCGUUCUACCCCGCCUGCGACAUGAGCAUUAGCCCGUAUAAGAAGAAAGCGCCUGAUCAGUCGGGAACACCCCUGCCGCCUUGGUUGCUUGCGUUAUUUCGGGCUUGCUAUCUGCGAGGGGGCGUGAGUCCCGAUGAUGCUAGGGUGUCCCCUGUGCGUGCAGAACCGGGUGUCUAUCCGAAGAAAUGUCUGUUUGUUACUGCCGCGCAGUGUAAUAUGGCGGUGGAGGCGGAGGACCUGGCAAACAGGAUUGGCGAGGUCGAAGGAAAGGAGGUCGUGGUGCAGCGGUUUGAGGGGUGUGGACAUGCUUGGGAUAAGGUUGCCAAGGUGGGCACUAAGAAUUGGGAUAAGAAGGUUAGGGCGUAUGGGAUGGUCGUGGAGUUGUUGCGUUCUUAA